AUGAGCAGAUUCUCUCUAUACAGCACUGCUGCAGAGGUGUCCGAGUUCCGCCGGUGCAAUGAAAAGAGCCGGGGCAAGAUCCUCACUAUGCAGUCUAUGAACCCGGUGGUCCGGGCGAUAGAGAACGCGGUGCUGGGUCCCACCGUGGAGAAAGCUGGGGGGAUUGAGAGAGAGCUGCGUAGGGGUAUCAAAAAGCAGUUCGAUGAGGUGAUCAGAGCUAAUAUUGGUGACGCGCAUGCAGUGGGACAGCAGCCAAUCACAUUCCUCCGACAGGUGGUGGCUCUUUGCACAUACCCGGACCUCUUGGAUAAUCCAAGCUUUCCUAAUGAUGCAAAGUCCAGAGCAAUGCGAAUCCUGCAGUCGUGCGGCGGAAAAAGCCUGGGAUCCUACAGCGCCAGCCAAGGAGUGAGUUGUAUCCUUGAAGACGUGGCCCAAUAUAUCAUAAGGCGAGAUGGAGGCAUUCCUGCUGACCCGGAUAAUAUCUAUCUAACCACAGGAGCUAGCGAUGGUAUCAUAAGUAUCCUGAAGAUCCUUGUGUCUGGAGAAGGUCAGUCUCGAACCGGAUUCAUGAUUCCCAUCCCUCAGUUUCCUCUGUAUUCAGCAGCCAUCUCUGAGCUAGAUGCCACCCAGGUCAACUACUACCUGGAUGAGGAGAACUGCUGGGCAGUAGAUGUCAAAGAGCUGCGAAGAGCGCUGUACAAAGGCAGGGAGUACUGUAACCCCAAGGUCCUGUGCGUCAUCAACCCGGGAAACCCAACAGGGCAGGUACACAGCAGACGUUGCAUAGAAGAGGUGAUCCACUUUGCGUUUGAGGAGGGCCUUUUCCUUCUGGCAGACGAGGUUUAUCAGGACAACAUAUAUCCCGGGAACUGCAAGUUUCAUUCAUUUAAGAAAGUUCUCUAUGAAAUGGGCCCAGAGUACUCAAGCAAUGUGGAGCUUGCCUCUUUCCACUCAGCCUCGAAAGGAUUUGUGAGCGAGUGCGGUUAUAGAGGGGGUUACAUGGAGGUGCUGAAUCUACAAGCUGAUGUUAAAGCACAGCUCAUUAAAAUGCUCUCUGUCCGGCUGUGCCCUCCAUUGUUAGGUCAGGCAGCCAUGGAUGUGGUUGUGAACCCACCAAAACCCGAAGAAGAGUCCCAUCAGCAGUUUAUGAGGGAAAAGGAAGCUGUCCUGUCCAGUCUUGCUCUAAAAGCCAAACUGACGGAGGAACUGUUAAACCAAGUGCCAGGCAUCCAGUGUAACCCCCUGCAGGGCGCCAUGUAUGCCUUCCCCCGUAUCCUCAUCCCAGAUAAAGCUAGACAGCAGGCCGAGGACCUUCAGGUGGCCCCUGAUAUGUUUUACUGUAUGAAGCUACUCAAAGAAACUGGUGUUUGUGUUGUUCCUGGUAGUGGAUUUGGACAGAAGGAAGGAACCUAUCACUUUAGAAUGACAAUUCUCCCAGCAGAAGACAAACUGAAGACUCUGUUACAGAAAGUGAAAGAUUUCCACAUCAAAUUUCUUGCUGAAUACUCAUAG